AUGUCCGGAGCUGUGGAGAGAAUUCAAGUUUUGGAUGCAAUAGAAAAAGAUAUAAUUACUUGCCUUCAAAGUGCAGGUCAAGCUUUGAUAGAAUUAAGCAAAGAUAAAUCUAGUUUAAAAUUAUCAGAAGGUCAAACCCAUCAAUUUUUAAAGACUCUUAAUUUGGUAGAAUCAAAAUUGACCGAGCAAAUUAAUUAUUUAACCCAGGUAUCUACUGGGCAACCACAUGAAGGUUCAGGUUAUGCUUCACAAAAAGUACUUCAAAUGGCCUGGCAUAGAUUAGAACAUGCUAGGAGUCGCGUUAAUGAAUUAGAAAGAAUUAAAAACAAACAUUUGCAAAAUAUGGGGGUUGGUAGGCCUAGUGCAGCAGGUCCAGGUCAACCUUCUGUCAGCUCGUCAUAA